AAAAGUUUUUAUUUAGAAAUAUCUCAUGCUUUUCUCAAAGAUUUCUUCUUGUUCAUAGGGGAUACUUUUUUCUAACCUCUUCGCUUCCGUAAACUACAAAAACUAUUUACAGGAAAAACAGGAAACAUUUCACUCCUGAUUUAUAAUUUAAUUGCGAUCAAGUAUAGGAACUAAAUGAUGAAAUAUUGUAUUAUGUUAAAUAUCGCAGAGUGGUUUUCAUAAACCGUGAACAGUGCAUGCUUGUAAGAAACAUUACGUUGUCGUCGUUUCAGGAAAUGAAACUUACGCUCGACUACGCUUCACAGCAUCAGUACGACCAGGAUGGAGAAGAGUUACACACUCAGUCAGCAUUAUGAGGAAAAAAUUCGCCCCUGCAUCGAUAUAAUCGACAAUUUAAGAUCAUUGGGAGUCGAGAAGGACCUGGCGCUGCCUGCCAUCGCCGUCAUAGGAGACCAAAGCUCGGGCAAAAGCUCUGUUCUGGAGGCAUUAUCAGGGGUAGCUUUACCCAGAGGCAGUGGCAUUGUCACAAGAUGUCCUCUGGAGCUGAAGAUGAUCAGAUCCAAAGAUGAUGGGUGGCAUGCAAAAAUCUGUUACCAAGACUAUGAAGGAGACAUCGAUGACCCAGCAGAUGUAGAGUAUGAGAUUUGUAAAGCCCAGGAUGAGAUUGCGGGAACAGGGCUUGGUAUUAGUGAGGAUCUCAUCAGUCUUCAGAUCACCUCUCCAAAUGUUCCUGACCUCACACUCAUUGACCUGCCCGGGAUCGCACGAGUGGCAGUCAAGGGACAACCAGAGAAUAUUGGAGAACAGAUCAAGAGAUUGAUCAAGAAGUUUGUAACAAAGCAAGAAACAAUCAAUCUAGUUGUGGUGCCGUGUAACGUUGACAUCGCGACCACGGAAGCACUACGGAUGGCACAGGACGAGGACCCUGAGGGCGAGAGAACUUUAGGCAUCCUAACAAAGCCAGACCUGGUGGAUAAAGGCACUGAGCAGACCGUGGUGGACAUUGUGCACAAUGAGGUCAUUCAUCUUACUAAAGGCUACAUGAUCGUCAGGUGCAGGGGACAGAAAGAGAUUAUGGAUCAUGUGACUCUCAAUGAGGCCACAGAGACAGAGAAGUUCUUCUUUAAAGACCAUCCUCAUUUCAGCACACUGUAUGAUGAAGGCUUUGCAACUAUUCCCAAGUUGGCUGAGAAACUAACAAAUGAGUUAGUUAAUCACAUUCAGAAAUCCAUGCCACGGUUGGAAGAACAAAUCGAGACAAAGCUAGCUCAGACACAGAAGGAAUUGGAGGCAUAUGGCACUGGACCACCAUCAGACCCUUCAGAACGACUCAGCUUUCUGAUUGACAAAGUGACAGCUUUCAUUCAGGAUACGUUUAACCUGACCACCGGGGAAGAAGUUAAAUGUUAUUCAGACCUCAUGAUUUUCCAAAAGCUUAGGGAUGAAUUUGCACAAUGGAAAGUCUUCUUGGACCGUUCAGGUGAUAAAUUCAACAAGAAGAUUGAGAAAGAAGUUGAUAACUUUGAAGCCAAGUAUCGAGGGAGAGAGCUUCCAGGUUUCAUCAGUUACAAGACCUUUGAGAAGCUGGUCAGAGAACAGAUGAAGACAUUAGAAGAACCUGCAUUAAAAACACUCAAGACCACCUCAGAUGUGGUUAGAAAGAGUUAUAUCCAACUGGCCCAAUACAGCUUCUUCGGAUUCCCUAAUCUUCUUAAAAUAGCAAAGACUAAGAUUGAAGCCAUAAAGCAGGAGAAAGAAUUACUUGCCGUGUCAAUGUUGAGAACUCAGUUCAAGAUGGAGCUCAUUGUUUACAGUCAAGAUGGCACAUACAGUCAAAGCCUCCAACAGACAAAAGAAAAACUGGAGGAGGAAGAAGAGGAAACUUCACAGUGUAAAGCUAAAUUUAAUCCUAAAAUUCCCUAUUCGUUUAAUUUCGGAAACGCAGUAGUUGGCUCAAGCAGUCACGCAACCUUACGCGAGAUGAAGCUCCACAUCGAGUCCUAUUACUCGAUCGCAAGCAAGCGUCUAGCCGACCAGAUCCCAAUGGUGAUCCGUUACCAGCUUCUCCAAGAGGCGGCGGCGGAGCUGCAGAGAAACAUGUUGCAGUUGCUGCAGGAGAAGGAUGCUGUGGAUGACCUGCUUAAAGAAGACCACGACAUCGGUCAGAAGCGGGAACAGUUACUUGGACGCCAGAAACGUCUACUGAGCGCACGCAACCUCCUGAUUGCCUUUUAGAAUGUAGUUAAUAAAUGAAUAUUGCAAUAUUUCAAUACAUCACAACGGUGCGGGAUAACAUGGACAUUUUUCAUAGUUAUUGAAGUGUUUGAUAACCUAGAUAUUUUGUUUAUUAAAAACUUACAUUGUACUACUA